AGGUGAUGCGCAACAUGCAUCCAGUCGCAUGGCGAUGCAUCGCAGCAUUCUAGAGAAGAUAGAUCAAGGCAACUUUGCAGACCUGCUGCAGCAUGACGAGCUUCAACGGGAGAUCCGGGAAGGCCGGUCGUUCUACAAGUUCUGUGAAGCGCCCAUCGCUUUUGCUCCCACGUUCAAAGUCCUAAGGGACGAGCUACAGCAGUACAACCCCAAGCGCCUGCCUGCAUGGUGCGACCGGGUGCUGUGGCGGUCGCUACCCGGCUGCAAUCUCACCUGCACCAGAUACACCUCCGCGCCCACCGUCCUCACCGGCGACCACAAGCCCGUCCUGGCGGAGUUUGGCAUCACCACAUUCGCCCUGCCAGUAACCAUGGACCCCUCAGAGGAGGCCGUUCAGCUGCUGCAGCUGAGCAAGGGGCACAGCGAUAAGGAUGACAUGCGCUGGCACCUGCAUAUCCUGGAACUCAGGGGGCACAACCUCCUCCCAGCAGACGCUAACGGCUUGUCUGACCCCUACAUCCGGUUUGUGGGUCCCAACCUCUUCAAGUCAUUUCAGACCAAGAAGUGCUACAAGACACUCAACCCCGUGUGGGGUGCUGAUGAUGUACCUGCUAUAGUGUUGGAGCACCAGUCACUGCAUUACUAUGAGAAGGACUAUCUACUAGCAGCCGUGUUUGAUUAUGAUAAGACUAACAAAGACGACCCCAUAGGAUACGCUGCAAUCCCAUUGGCUGAUCUUGUCAAGGCCACGUGGGAGCAGUCCUCUCAGCCAGUCAGCUUUCGGGUAGAGGUGACCUAUAAGGGGCUGCCAGCUGGCGAGCUGGAGGGCACUUUCCGUCUUUUCUGGGCUGUGAACAAGCUGAGCGAGGGCAAGUGUGCGCAGAUGUGA